GCUCUGAUGUGGCCUCAGGGGUGUGGAGACUUGGGGGCAGUCCAGAAAGAGACUCACGCAUACACCCAUCCCUGGUGGCACAGGUCUCGAUUGUCCGCAGCACGACCAUCACCCUGACACCCAGCGCAGAAACAGAUGUGUCCCUGGUCUACCGUGGCUUCAUCUACCCAAUGCUGCCUGGAGGGCCAGGUGGGCCAGGGUCUGAGGACGUGGCUGUGUGGGCCCGGGCCCAGCGCCUACACGUUCUGGCCCGGAUGGCCCGUGGCCCUGACGCAGAGAACAUGGAGGAGGUGGGGCGCUGGGUGGCUCAUCAGGAGAAGGAGACGCGGCAGCUGCAGCGCCCUGGGUCUGCUCGCCUCUUCCCCCUGCCCGGGCGGGACCACAAGUAUGCAGUAGAGAUCCGGGGCCAGCUGAACGGCUCGGCAGGCCCUGGGCACAGCGAGCUCACUCUGCUGUGGGAUCGGACUGGUGUGCCAGGAGGCAGUGAGAUCUCCUUCUUCUUCCUGGAGCCCUACCGCUCGUCGGCCUGCACCUCCUAUUCCUCCUGCCUGGGCUGCUUGGCAGACCAGGGCUGUGGCUGGUGCCUGACCAGUGCCAGCUGCCACCUGCGCCAGGGUGGAGCCCACUGUGGGGAUGACAGGGCUGGUGGGUCCCUGCUGGUGCUGGUGCCUACCCUCUGCCCACUCUGCGAGGAGCAUCGGGACUGCCAUGCCUGCACCCAGGACCCCUUCUGUGAGUGGCAUCAGAGCACCAACCGCAAAGGAGACGCGGCAUGCAGCCGGCGGGGCCGGGGUCGGGGUGCCAUAAAGAGUCCAGAGGAGUGUCCCCCACUCUGCAACCAGCGACUGACCUGUGAGGACUGCCUGGCCAACUCGAGCCAGUGCGCCUGGUGCCAGUCCACCCACACCUGCUUCCUGUUUGCCGCCUACCUGGCCCGGUACCCACAUGGGGGCUGUCGAGGCUGGGAUGACAGUGUGCACUCGGAGCCACGGUGCCGGAGCUGUGAUGGCUUCCUGACUUGCCACGAGUGUCUGCAGAGCCACGAGUGUGGCUGGUGUGGCAAUGAGGACAACCCCACACUGGGACGGUGCCUACAGGGGGACUUCUCGGGGCCCCUCGGUGGGGGUAACUGCUCCCUGUGGGUGGGGGAGGGCCUGGGGCUUCCCGUGGCCCUCCCUGCCCGCUGGGCAUAUGCCCGCUGUCCUGACGUGGAUGAGUGUCGUCUGGGCCUGGCCCGGUGCCAUCCGCGGGCGACCUGCCUGAACACGCCCCUCAGCUACGAGUGUCACUGCCAGCGGGGCUACCAGGGUGAUGGCAUCUCACACUGCAACCGCACGUGCUUGGAGGACUGUGGCCAUGGUGUGUGCAGCGGCCCCCCGGACUUCACCUGCGUGUGUGACCUGGGCUGGACAUCAGACCUACCCCCGCCCACACCCGCCCCGGGUCCCCCAGCCCCCCGCUGCUCCCGGGACUGUGGCUGCAGCUUCCACAGCCACUGCCGCAAGCGGGGGCCUGGCUUCUGCGACGAGUGCCAGGACUGGACAUGGGGAGAGCACUGCGAACGAUGCCGGCCGGGCAGCUUCGGCAACGCCACGGGCUCUCGGGGCUGCCGGCCCUGCCAGUGCAAUGGGCACGGGGACCCACGCCGUGGCCACUGCGACAACCUCAGUGGGCUCUGCUUCUGCCAGGACCACACCGAGGGUGCCCACUGCCAGCUCUGCUCCCCAGGCUAUUAUGGGGAUCCCCGGGCCGGUGGUUCCUGCUUCCGGGAGUGUGGAGGUCGCGCCCUCCUCACCAAUGUGUCCUCAGUGGCACUGGGCUCACGCCGGGUCGGGGGGCUGCUGCCUCCAGGUGGCGGGGCUGCGAGAGCCGGGCCUGGCCUGUCCUAUUGUGUGUGGGUUGUCUCAGCCACUGAGGAGCUACAGCCCUGUGCUCCCGGAACCCUCUGUCCCCCACUCACCCUCACCUUCUCCCCCGACAGCAGCACCCCCUGCACGCUGAGCUACGUCCUGGCCUUUGAUGGAUUCCCACGCUUCCUGGACACUGGUGUUGUCCAGUCGGACCGCAGCCUCAUAGCUGCCUUCUGCGGCCAGCGACGGGACAGACCCCUCACUGUUCAGGCCCUGUCUGGGCUGCUGGUGCUGCACUGGGAGGCCAAUGGCUCCUCAUCCUGGGGCUUCAAUGCUUCGGUGGGCUCCGCCCGCUGUGGGUCAGGGGGCCCUGGGAGCUGCCCAGUCCCCCAGGAAUGCGUGCCCCAGGAUGGUGCUGCAGGUGCGGGGCUCUGCCGAUGUCCUCAAGGCUGGGCUGGCCCACACUGCCGGAUGGCUCUGUGUCCUGAGAACUGCAAUGCCCACACUGGGGCAGGAACUUGUAACCAGAGCCUGGGUGUGUGCAUCUGUACCGAAGGCUUCGGGGGCCCUGACUGCGCCACCAAGUUGGAUGGCGGGCAGCUGGUCUGGGAGACCCUCAUGGACAGCCGCCUCUCAGCCGACACUGCCAGCCGCUUCCUGCACCGCCUGGGCCACACCAUGGUGGAGGGACCUGAUGCCACCUUGUGGAUGUUUGGGGGCCUGGGCCUGCCCCAGGGGCUGCUGGGAAACCUGUACAGGUACUCAGUGAGUGAGCGGCGGUGGACACAGAUGCUGGCGGGAGCUGAGGACGGGGGCCCAGGCCCAUCACCCCGCUCCUUCCAUGCAGCUGCAUAUGUGCCCGCUGGCCGUGGCGCCAUGUAUCUGCUGGGGGGACUCACCGCUGGGGGUGUCACCCGUGAUUUCUGGGUCCUCAACCUUACCACCCUGCAAUGGCGGCAGGAGAAGGCCCCCCAGACUGUGGAGCUGCCAGCCGUUGCUGGUCACACCCUUACUGCCCGCCGAGGCCUAUCUCUGCUCCUGGUGGGCGGUUAUUCCCCGGAAAAUGGCUUCAACCAGCAGUUGCUUGAGUACCAGCUGGCGACCGGCACCUGGGUGUCAGGAGCCCAGAGCGGGACACCCCCCACAGGUCUCUAUGGUCACUCCGCCGUCUACCAUGAGGCCACCGACUCCCUCUACGUGUUUGGGGGGUUCCGAUUCCAUGUGGAGCUGGCGGCCCCAUCCCCCGAGCUCUACUCCCUGCACUGUCCUGACCGCACCUGGAGCCUGCUGGCCCCUUCUCAGGGGGCAAAGCCCCGUCCCCGGCUUUUCCAUGCCUCAGCCCUGUUAGGGGACACCAUGGUGGUUCUUGGGGGGCGCUCGGACCCUGACGAGUUCAGCAGCGACGUUCUGCUCUACCAAGUCAACUGCAAUACCUGGCUUCUGCCUGACCUCACCCGUAAGUCCCCAUUGUGGCUCCCAGGAGGCUGAGGGACAUUCAGGAGGAGCCCCAUACCCGUCCUGGGACUCCCACUCCUCAGGAGUCA